ACGACUAAACAAUUAAGAAAUUGCUUUUCAAUGACGAACUGUUAAGUUGUAGAAUUGAUACAAAUAUUACUCCAUUUAACUUCUAGAAAAGGAUAAUUUAACCCAUGUAAUACUCCUGGUUUAUUAAGUUUUGUACUAUUUCAAAGACAAUUUUGCUUGUUUAGAUUCAUUUCACAGCUUGCAAUGGAAAUAAGUUAUCUAUUUAUUCAUUAGACAUGGUGUUUCAAAUUUAUAGUUUGACUAGAAGUACUAAUAGUCAACACUAUGAACCAUCAUUUCUGCAUGAAGGAAUCACAAGACACAAUGUUUCACAUUUCACUAGUGACUAGUUUCGUGAGGGAAUUCUCGGGAUUCUAGUGAGAAGCCAAGAAUAGUAGAGCUAAUCCGUGUCAGGUAGAGACAGGAAUCUACCUCAGUAAAAUGGAGGAUGGUCGCGCAAUUUCAUGGAUUGGUUGAGAUUAGACAUUAACACCAUUGAAUCCCGACAGGUUCAGUGGUCUAGUGGUUGAGCGUUCGUGCGCGAGACUGAUAGGUCCUAGAUUCGGAUCUCGCGAGGCGGAAUCGUGGAUUCACACUGUUGGGGAGCCUUAUACUGGGAAGAAACAGCCGUCCAGUGCUUUCAGGUUUUCAACGGUAGUCUAACUUUAAUUGGUUCAUUAUCUCAAUCAAAAACUUAAUGAUCUUCACAAUCCUAUAUUGAUAAUUAGUGUUUGAGGUAUCCUGUUGUUACUGUUAUUGAUAGAACCUUGAUUGGCCUUUUUUGAUUUAGGUACACCCUGUGUUGAUUGACUCAGUGUAGUGGUUACUCCACUAGUUAUUUAGAAUAGAUGAAUUGUAAUUAACAGUGGAAUCAAGGACGUACAUUUUGUUCUAUCUAUGGGGUGGUACCUACAUAAUAAUGUCAAUUACAUGAAAAUCAUAUCCAAUGAACAAGUUAUUAGCUAUUGGUAAACAAUAACUCAAUGGAUAAUGCAAGUGGUGUUAGAAGCAAAAAAGUAUUGAAUUCGAUUCAUGUCAUGAAUAUCAACACUGAAAUGAAGAUAUAUCUAGCUAACAAAUAAAACAAGAUCAGACAAAACCUACGUCUUAGAUUUGUCUAUUAACAACAAUCCAUCUAUUCUAAUAAUAUCAUUAUUACCUGACAAAUAAAAUCAAUGGAUUCUAAUGAAGAGGAAUAUGGUACGACGUUUUUAAAAUCCGAUACAAACAAACCAAAUGAGAAUACAGAUUAUGAAAUGAAAACAACUAAUCAAGACAAAAAGAGGGAAACAAAUAGAAGAACUAAAUUAUCUAAGGUUAAGAAAUGGAUAAUGAAUUUAGAUAAUUUAUUUGUUACAUUCACUGUAUUAGCUGUUAUAUUGGGUAUGACAAUUGGUUUAUUAGUUAAAAUUUAUGCAUCACCAUCACCAAGAACAAUCUAUCUUUUAUCAUUUCCUGGUGAAUUAUUAAUGAAUAUGUUGAAAAUGUUAAUUAUACCAUUGAUUGUAUCUAGUUUAAUAGCAGGACUUGCUGGUUUAGAUCCAAAAUCAAGCGGAAAAAUUGGCUCAUAUGCAUUGAUUUAUUAUGUAGUAACUACAAUGCUUGCAGUUAUACUUGGUAUUGGUCUAGUUUUAUGCAUACAUCCAGGUGAUACAUCAAUUAAAGAUGAAAUAGGCGAAGGAACAAUAGAGGAACGUAGACCUGAAACAUUGGAUUCUUUACUGGAUUUAUUAAGAAAUCUAUUUCCGGAAAAUGUAGUACAAGCAUGUUUACAGCAACAACAAAGUAGUUACGUCACAGUUGUUAAGCGUCCGAAGUAUAUUCGAUUAACUGAUGGAAACAAUGGUACAUUGAAUAUGGAAAACAAAACAAAACUAAUCAGCUAUGAAGCCAUAAAACCGAAAUAUGUGGAUAGUACUAAUGUUUUAGGAUUGGUGUCAUUCUCAAUUAUAUUUGGUAUAAUACUUGGUCAAAUGGGUGAUCGUGCUGUGACUAUGGUACAAUUUUUCUCUGUUCUUAAUGAAGUUGUCAUGAGAAUGGUACAAGUUAUUAUGUUAUAUUCACCAUUUGGUAUAUUCUUUCUAAUAUUGGGUAAAAUGUUGGAAAUUGAAAAUUUAAGUGAUACAGCAAAAGCAUUAGGUUUAUAUAUGAUAACUGUAGUUACUGGUUUGGCUAUACAUUUACUUGGUACAUUAGCAUUACUCUAUUAUUCGGUAACAAGAAAAAAUCCAUUCACAUUCUAUAAAGGUUUAUUUCAAGCUUGGAUUACAGCACUUGGAACUGCAUCCAGUGCAGCUACUCUACCAAUUACAUUUCGUUGUUUAGAACAAAAUCUAGGCAUUGAUAAACGUGUAACACGUUUUGUUCUACCUAUUGGUGCAACAAUCAAUAUGGAUGGAACUGCACUAUAUGAAGCUGUUGCAUCAAUUUUCAUUGCACAAAUUAAUGGAAAAUAUUUGACAAUUAUUGAAGUAUUUAUUGUAAGUUUAACAGCAACGUUGGCAGCAAUAGGAGCGGCGAGUGUUCCAAGCGCUGGUUUAGUUACUAUGAUGUUAGUGCUUACAUCUGUUGGAUUACCUACAAAAGAUAUUUCUUUAAUUUUAGCGGUUGAUUGGUUACUUGAUCGAAUUCGUACUUCAAUCAAUGUAAUGGGUGAUGCAGUUGGAGCUGGUAUAGUUAAUCAUUUAUGUUAUAAAGAAUUAGCUCAAAAAGAUGCUGAAAUUGAUAAAGAAAUAGAUGAAGUUGUAGAAGAAUAUACACGUGAAUUAUCUAAUGUAACUAAUAUAACAGAUCGUGAAAAACGUAAUUCAUCUAGUAUAGGUCGUCAUAAUAAAAAACGUAUGAGUUUAGCUGCAGCAAUGCGUUUACAAGAAAAUACAUCACCACUUGGUACAGUUAUGCCAAAUCAAUCAACAAUAAAUGAACCAGAAUCACCAACAUCUAAAUCAUAUUUACCAAUGAAUAUACAUCCAAAUGAUAAAAAUGAUAAUUAAUUAUUCCAUAAUUACAUUUCUAUUAUUAUUAUUAUUACUAUUAUUAUUAUACUUUCUAUUAUUGAAUACUUUGAUAGUUUAAGUAUAUUACUUUUUUGAAGUUCUUUAUCAUACUAUUACACGUCUGUUUCUUCUUUCUUUCAUUCUUUAUCUUAUUUUCAUUCAAUAGAAUUAGACAUUUGAAAACUGCUCAGUAACUCCCUUUUUCUUUUGUUUUUUUUUUAAAAAAAAAGCAGAAAAAAAAUGAGAAAAAACACACAAAAAAAAAGAACAAACAUUUUAAAUUCAUGUUUAAGUUUGGAACAAACAUUAGUGUAGUAUUAUUUUAUUAAGAUAACAAAAAAAAUUGAUCAAACUCUGAAUAAAAAAAUCGAUAAAUUGGUUACUAGAUUACAUAAUUAAUAUCAUUAAUUGUAAACUAAUAAUGAUAAUAAUAAUCAAUAUUGUAAACAAUUUCAUGAUCAGUUUCUUUUUCCAUAUUCACAUGAAUUUAUAUAUAUAAUUCAUAUUCUCUAGAAAAAAGGGAAUAACAAUACACAAUAGUAAGAUGAAGUUACCAAGAGAGAGGAACGGAGGGAGGGAGAGAUCAGUUGUUCUGAAUGUUCAUUGUUUAUUAUUUAAUAGUAAUUUUGGAUGAUACAAUUAUUUUCUAUUCAAUAUUACAUACAAUUCAUUUUCAAGAAGAAAAAGGAGAAAGAAGAAGAAGAAGAAAAAAGAAAAAAAGGAAAACAAAGAGAAAGAAUCCGUUUUAAUUUAUUUAGAAUGAAUGAUAUAUUGAACUAUUUAUUCAUUUUAUUUAACAAUAAUCAUUCAUUGUACGAUUGGCAUUUUAUGUUGUAUCAUUGAUAAUGAUAAUUCUAUACGUAUAAAUAAUAAUAAUAUUUAUUAAUUUAAUAUGUUUCACAUAUAUUAGCUGUUCAUCACAACUCUAUAUGAUGCUUACUUAAUUACUUAUGUCUGUUACCUGUCAUAAAGGAGCAUAGGCUGUUCAUCAGUAUUCUCCGUUCAACUCUAUCCUGUGAAAUCCUUCCCAGUUGUUAUAUAUUCUUUUGAUGUCUGCUUUGAAUCCUUGAUGGAAUGUGUUCUUUGAUUUUCAACUUUCUCGUUUCCCUUCAAGAUUCAAAGUAAGUGCUUGUCUCGAGAUACAAUAUGAUGAUUUUCUCAAUGCAUAUAUUAUCCACAUCCAAUAUCUUUUACUAAUUUCUUCUUUAACUGGUAGCUGAUUUGUUCUCUUCCAUAGUAGGCUAUUGUUGAUGAUAUACGGCCAACGAAUAUUCAGUAUCUUACGUAGAAAAUUGUCUAGAAAUAUUUGCACAUUUUUGAUGAUGGCUCUGUUAGAAAACUAACACAGCUCCGUACAAUAAAACUGUCUCGACGUUCAUAUUAGAGAUUUUGACUUAUAUUGGUUGACAGUUAUUUUGAGUUGCAUAUGUUCUUCAACUGUAGGAAUGAUUUCCUUGCUUUGCUAAUUCUUGUAUUUACGUCUGUAUCAGAUCCGCCUUGUUAACCGAUCAUGCUAACCAGAUAAGCGAGUGUUCC